AUGGAAUUCUUGAUCUCAACAAUCAACAAACUCCAAGACGUUUUCGCUGUGGUCGGAUCGCGUGAAGCUGAGAUUCAGUUACCGCAAAUUGUGAUCGUUGGAGCACAGAGUGCCGGUAAGAGCUCGGUGAUCGAAGCGAUCGUGGGUCGUGAUUUCCUGCCAAGAGGCACUGGCAUCGUUACUCGUCGACCACUCAUUCUACAACUAUGCCACAUAGCAGCCGAAGAUGAGGAGAAACGAGAGGGACGUGAAGGUGAUUGGGCUCAAUUCGAGCAUACCAACGCGAAGAUCUUUGAGGAUUUCGAGGGAAUCGAUGACAAGCCGAUUUCGUUGAGGAUCUUCUCGGAUCGUUUCCCCAAUUUGACGCUAGUCGAUCUUCCAGGAAUGACGAAAAUCCCUGUCGGCGAUCAACCACUUGAUAUUGAACAACAAAUCCUCAAAAUGAUCAUGCACUACAUCAACAACCCCAACUCGAUUAUCCUGGCGGUAACUCCAGCGAAUCAGGAUUUUGCUACUUCUGAACCGAUGAAAAUGGCCAAAGAGGUCGAUCCGGAAGGUGAGCGAACGUUGGCGGUUUUGACCAAGUUGGAUUUGAUGGAUCGUGGCACAAAUGCUUUGGACAUCCUAUCGGGUCAACUCGUGGACGUAAAGUUAGGAAUCGUCGGUGUGGUGAAUCGUUCACAGGCUGAUAUCAUGGCCGAGAAGCCAAUGGACGAGGCCUUACAAGCCGAAGAAGCAUUCUUCCAGAAAGAGUAUCCGAAUUUCGCGAAAACCCAGGGCACACGCUAUUUGUCCGUGAGACUUAAUGUGGUAAAUGGCAUACGGAAAGCUGCUCACGGAUUA